CUGACCCUGAUCCAGCAAAUCCCAUGGGCAAAUGUAAUGAGGCUGUUGGAGGAGUCAGAGGCUGUGCCAUGUGGUGACAGGAUGGUUUUUAAGCAUGUCUGGCACUGAAAGGUGAAUAAUUUCCUGCUCCUGGCAGAAUUUGCCUGCAGGGCUGGUGGAGCUGAGGUUGGUGUGAUCAGAGGUGCAGCCAGAAUAAGCUCCAUAAGUAGCACUCUUGAACACCUCUUUAUCCUGUAAGUUAUCCUCUGCGCAGGAUUAGGGAUGGAGGAGAAGCAUUAAGGCUCUAAUAGCAAACAAACUGCUUUCUUUGCCUAAUGGUGCAUCUCUUGGAUCUCCAUGAUGUGGACAGUCUUCAGCCUGGUUCUUGUCAGCUCCCUUUUUGUCCUCAAAAGUGAAGCACUGCAGUGUUACACCUGUGUAGGUUCUAGUGAUGAUGACUGCAACAGACAAGGAAGUCAGCAGUGCCCAGGCCAUGCAGAUGCCUGUGCAGUCAUUAGAGGACAAGCAAGUGGCAUCAUGAAGUCCUGCUCGUUCAGGUCCUUCUGCGAGCGGGCGAGGCGCGACGGAUCGCGGGCGCCCGGCGUGAGCGUCCACUGCUGCUACUCCAACAACUGCAACGCCAGGAGCCUGGCUCCCAGGGUCACCAGCUCCUGCAGCCUCCCCCUCCUCAUCCUCACCCUGCUCUGGCUCCCCUUGCUGAAGCUGACAUGAGGGGGAAAAGGAAAAAAAAGAGUAUCCUGAAGCAACAACUCUGCCUUCUUAGCAAGGGGUGAUAGUAUUUGAUAAUCACGUUGCUCCAUGUACCAUUUAUCUCACUAGGCAAAAAGCUGUAGGAAGACCUGACAGAUGUUUAGAUAAAAAAAUUGUUUCAUCUGCUAAAUAGGUCUUGAUCUCUGUGUAAGGAAUGCUGCCCUGCUGCUUAUUUUCCUGCAAUUUGGAUAAGGAGAAAUCUUGGCUGCAGGUAACCUGGUAGUAAGGUCAAGGGCAAAUGGCUGCCAAAUGCUUUUUGCUGUUGGCAGAUAUUCAAAAGCAAGCUAAAAUUUUCAAGCACAAAGUGACUGAAAAUUCUAGCAAGCAGGUUAAUCUUUCAGAGCAUAUUGGUGUGCUGGACAAAAGGAAACUUGAAAUACAGAUGAUUUAGUAUUAAUACAAACGGUAAGAGAAGGUGAUUAAGAGAAUAAUGCAUGGAGGCAUAUUCUGUUGUAUAUGAUAUGUUCCUGGCAGUGGGACUGGAACUGGAUGGUCUUUAUGGUCCCUUCCAACCCAAACCAUUUAAUGGUUCUAUGUUUGUGUGCAUAUUUCCUUGGAAAAAACACCUUCCAGUCUUUUCUGAUCCUUCGAGAAUUUUAUCACAGCAUCAGAAGAAGAAGAAACAAGAAGAGUUUGGAAGUUGUUUUUGAACUGGUACUCUUUCCAAAGAUUGGCUCAAUCUAUCUCCCUUGCUGGCUUAAAAACAAGUGAUUAAUUCCUGUCUUGUAGGCAAAUUAUAACUUGAGUUUAUAAUUAUUGAGGUUUCAGUUAUGUAAAUAAUUCUCCACUGCCCUAAACUGCAGCCUUUGAGAGUAGGAGUGUAUGUAUCUGUACAGGUCACCCCUUUCAGUGAUGUGGUGGAGUU